GUGUGGAAGAGAAGAGAAGAACAGACAGUUCCCUAUCAUUCUCAACCCGACGGUUACAACCUGGAAGAAGACUUCAAAUAGCGGUUGCAUACUGAACCUCCCGCCAGAUCAGAAAACCUAUUCAAAUGCAUAAAAUCUUUAUAACUCAUUACAAAUUUCUUCAUUACACCCUCCGUACUUACUCUAAAAUUCCCAAUUUUCUUUUACCCAUUUCACAGCAGCUACACAGUAUCUCCAAAACCUUAAAUCCCAGUUCAAACUUGGACUUCGUCUUCAAUGAAGUUAAGGCUCUCAAUUCUUCAAAACCCACUAGCCAACUAGCUCAUCCAUCAUCAAAAGCUAAUGAGAUUUCUGGUUAUAGUAAUCACACUAAAAGGAAUGACUCGGUCGUUCAGAUUUCACAUCCUUGGCCUGAAUGGGUAGAUUUGAUGGAAUUUUUGUUGAAGAGAGGGUACUUUGAAGCCAAUGAGAACCCAUUUUUAAAUGGAGAAUUGGGUACCAAAGAAACGAACUGGAUUAGAACUGCAUGCCUCAAUUUUGCCCGGGAUCAGUAUGAGCUUAUAAGGGUUUUCUCACGGAGAGAUAUCCACAUCAUCGCAGGAUGCGGCUGCCCAAGCAUAGAUAGGAAGGUUGUCAACUCAGGGAAGCGCCUUAGAGCACAUGUAGGCAUUGACGAAGGAAAUGUUUGCAGCUCCUGCAAGUUGAGGGGAGAUUGUGAAAGGGCAUAUGUCAAGGCACGUGAAAAUGAAGGCGGACGGACUGUGGAUGUCAUGCGCAUUCUUUUGACAUAUGGGCUUGAUUCCAUUUCUGGUACAUUGGAGAACAAGCCAUGUCAGAACAAAUUGGUUAAAGAGUCUGUGAAAAAGUUGCUGAAAGAAAUGCUGGAGCAUAGCAGCCAGCAACAUGAUUUCGAUCCCCCCAAUGCAAGACUGUCGAAAAAUGUUGAAUCUUUGCUACACUCGAAUGUUCCAGCAAAGCAAGGCGACUGGCUUUGCCCGAAGUGCAACUUUCUCAAUUUCGCAAGAAAUAUUAGGUGCUUGCACUGUGAUGGUUUAUUCCAAGAUAGACUACAACGACUACAGGAAGAUCAGGAUCAUCUACCACUGAAACGAGGAGACUGGAUUUGUGAAAAAUGCAAUUUCUUGAACUUCGCAAAGAAUACAAGAUGUCUACAAUGCAAAGAGAAACCUCCAAAGCGGCAGCUAAAUCCUGGGGAGUGGGAAUGCGAAUCGUGCAACUACAUCAAUUUCAGAAGAAAUAUGGUAUGCUUGAAAUGCGAUCAUAGAAGACCAAAGGCAUUGAGUUCUCCCAACAACAAAUCUACUAAACAUGACAAUGGAGACUAUCCCAAGCAUAGCAGAUUGAAGAUUAAUAACAGUGAAAACAAAGAUGCUGAUGAUAAAUGCAGCAAACAUGAUAGAAUAAAUCAAAUAAGAGGUGCAGGUAUGUGGAGAUUUGUGGAGGGAGAAAUAGAAGGUAAUGACUCAAAUUUAUGGGACAAGGAUUCUAGGUUUUUGGAUUUCCCAAUUGUGGGAGGUAAGAGCAGUUUGUCUCAAAAUGAACAGAAAAGGGAAAGGUGGAAGAUAGAGAUGCUAGAGAAUAGUAAAGCUGCUAAGAGAACAAGGGACAGUGAUGAAGUCAGAUACAAUGAUACCCAGAGAACAUUUAAGUACCUUGAGACUACUGAUGAUGAAGAUAUCGCUGACUGGUUUGGUCAUGCAAAGAAAAUGGAAUCAGAAUGUUCUCUUUCUGAGACUCAGAAACAUUCUGGAUUAGUUGAAGAUAUAUGCAAUUCGUAAUGUAUAAAACUGUGGAUUCAAAAUUCGUAAACUGGUCAAUAGUAAACUUAUUCAUUCAAUAUAUUAUAACACUGUACUACUGUACUUUGUGAA